GUGUAACAAAAAAAAAUAUACCGAUAAGCAACAUUUUAUAAGCCAAAAUAAUAAGGCUUAAAUUCAUUUUAAUUGAGUAUUCAAUUCGUUGAAAGCGCUUUCUGAAUAACUGUCCUCAAAAAUGGUAUCGUUCGAUAUUACUGGAAAAGUUGCACUUAUAACCGGGGGUGCAUCUGGGCUGGGAUACAAGUACGCCCUUGAAUUGUUACGAAAAGGAGCGAAGGGAGUGACUCUAGCAGAUGUUAACGCUGAAGUAGGGCAAAAAGCCAUUGAGGAAAUUGAGAGUGAAUUUGGAAAGGGCAAAGCUGUUUUUGUAGUAACUGAUGUGACGAGUUCUGAACAAUUUGAAGAGGCUUUCAAACAAACAGUGGCUAAUUUUCAAAAUGUCGAUAUAUUGGUCAAUAAUGCAGGUAUACUAAAUGACGGAAUCUGGCAGAAAGAAGUUGAUAUUAACGUGAAUGGCGUAAUCAAUGGAAUUCUCCUCGGUCUAGAAAACUACAUACCCAAACACAAAUCUGGAGAUGAAGGAGUGAUUCUAAACAUAUCCUCCAUCGCUGGUAUUGUACCAUUUGCGUGCUUGCCCGUAUACACGGGAACGAAAUUUGCCGUGCACGGUAUGACUUUGGCGUGGGGUCUUCCGGCUCAUUACGAAAGGACUAAAGUAAGAGUGAUAGCCGUGGGCCCAGGCGUAACUCAGACACCAUUGAUUACGGACAUGAAAAAUAAGAACUUGUCUUCGGAGUACGAGAAAAUACGCGAAGUAGAAGUUUCGCAAGCUGUUCCUCAAACAACCGAUCAAAUUGCUCCACAUGUUAUGAGGAUAAUUGAAAAAGCUCCACCAGGUACCUUGUGGAUAGUUGAGGGAGGCGAGAAACCUUACCAGUACGUUAUGCCUGAUCGUCACAUGCUUGAAAAUAAGAUUUAUCUCGAUUAAAUUUGUUUAAAAUACAGUUAUUUAACUUACUAUAAAUAUGUAAUUUAGAAACUGUUUAUUCAAAAUAAUUUAAAAUAUUUAAACCGUAAACUUGAAAAGGGUUUGCUAUAUAAAGAAUUUAUGGCUGGGCUAUUGUAAUAAAAAUAGUAAUUAUAUUCUGGUAUAGACAGAGUAACUUUAACAAAUUUUACUUAUUGUUGGUAUAAAAUAAAAUGAAGUUAACAUAUUAUUGAAUUUCAAUAAAAUCUUUUGCAGUUGGAAUGCAAUAUGUGAUGCGAAAAGGAAACA